ACCUUGUAUCCUCUCUGCUGGUUGCUCUUGUAUGUAUUUCAUGAAUAAUUAAUUAGUGGACAAAAGGGAAGAACGUAUCACUUGCACCCUUUCUCUCAUCCUUCUUGUCUCUCUCUUUCUUUAUGCAUAUGCGUCCAUCAUACCUCCUUCUUCUUCUUCUUCUCUCAUGAUGCCUACUACUACCACUACUCUUCUUGAUCUCAAUCAAGAUCUAACUCUAAGCCAUGAUGAUGACCAAGAACACCAGCAACAACAACAACAACAACCCUCUUCUCUUUCAUUUCCAAUCCUACUCAACCCCCUACCUCAUCAAAAGGUUGAGAAGAUUGAUGAUGCUAAUUGUAGUAGUGGAUCACGGGAUCAUUCAGAAAAACCUAAUCACGGCAGUGGAAUCAUCAAGCUGAUUUGGAAGAAUAAGAAACGAGAUGAGGCAGAAGCAGAAGAAGAAGAAGAAGAAGAAGAAGAAGUGAUCCCAAAGUGGAUGCCUUCCAAGAUGAGGAUGAUGCGCAAGAUGAUGGCAUCCGAUCAUCAUCAUCAACAACAACAGGAACAAGAGAUUCCUAUUAUUGGAACGGACGAUGACAACAACAAUCACAACAGUAAUACCACUGCUCCUACUGUUAGGGUUUGCUCUGAUUGUCACACCACUAAGACUCCUCUCUGGAGAAGUGGACCAAGAGGCCCCAAGUCACUUUGCAAUGCGUGCGGUAUACGACAAAGAAAGGCGAGGCGUGCCGCCAUGGCUGCUGCGGCGGCAAAUGGAACCACACUGGCGGCGGCUGAGGUAAACAAGUUUGGUAGAAGCAAAGAGAAGCAGCUCAAGUCCAAAACUGGCAGUAGCGAGUUGAUGAAAAAGAAGCGCAAUAAGCUUGGAGCUGCUGGGAGAGGGAAGCAAUCUCAUCAUCGUCAUCAUCAUCAUCAUCAUGAUUAUUGUUUCGAGGAUUUGAGAUUAAGCUUAUUAAGCAAGAAUUUGGCUGUUCAUCAAGUAUUCCCUCAGGACGAGAAAGAAGCUGCGAUCCUUCUCAUGGCCUUAUCCUAUGGUCUUCUUCUUGGAUGAAUAAUUACUAUAAUAAUUAGGGUUUUCGAUCAUAUUGCAAUGCCAUCUUAAUUAAUUACAAUUAUAUACAUAUCAUCAUAAUUGACUAUUGUGAGGUGAAUGUUUUGUGUUUGUACGGCAACAUGAUAUUAUAUAUGCUAUCUUAUGUUAUGAAAUCAAUUAUGUUUAGUUUA